CAGACAGGUUGUGCUUGUGCUCAAAUUACCUAAAAGCAGUGGGAGACGGCUGCGAGCAGCUCUCUGUGUAAUCUGACAGAAAACAAUGGAUAACUAUGACAUAAUUCGGAUGAUCGGGGAAGGAGCAUUUGGAAAAGCAUUUCUCGCGAAAGGAAAAAAAGACAACAUACAAUGUGUAAUCAAAGAGAUAAAGCUAUCAAUGAUGCCACGGAAGGAGAAAGAGGCUUCUUACAAAGAGGUUACCCUUUUGUCUAAGAUGAAACACCCAAAUAUUGUGACAUUUUUUGCAUCAAUAGAAGAGAAGAACAAUCUGUACAUUGUGAUGGAGUAUUGUGAUUGCGGAGAUCUGAUGAACAGGAUAGGCAAGCAGCGAGGCGUUCUCUUUGAUGAAGACCAGAUCCUCAGCUGGUUUGUGCAGAUAUCUUUGGGUCUGAAGCACAUCCAUGAUCGCAAAGUCCUUCACAGAGACAUUAAGGCACAGAAUAUAUUUCUCACCAGUAAUGGGACGUUGGUCAAACUGGGAGACUUUGGCAUAGCAAGAAUGUUGAACAACACGAUGGAGCUGGCACGCACAUGCGUAGGGACACCUUAUUAUCUAUCGCCAGAGAUCUGUGAAAACCGACCUUAUAACAACAAAACGGAUGUUUGGUCAUUGGGAUGCGUGCUGUAUGAAUUGUGCACACUGAAACACCCGUUUGAAGGUGGCAACUUAAGACAGUUGGUCCUGAAAAUCUGCCGCGGACAUUAUGAACCAGUUUCUACAAGGUAUUCUUACGACCUUAGGAUCCUAAUCUCUCAACUAUUUAAAAUAUCCACACGGGACAGACCAUCCAUUAACUCCAUAUUGAAGAAGCCUUUUCUAGAAAAGCGCAUAAACAAAUUUUUGAGUCCAGAGAAAAUAAAGGAGGAGUUUAGCCAUACAGUACUGCACAGGAAACAGCCUGCACCAGUGAGACAGCCACGAGAGCCUAUUGCACCAAAGCAAUCGCCAGUUCCAAAGAGAGUUCAGGAUGUCCAUCCUCCGAGACAAAAGUUGGUGACCCCGCCAAACCGAGUGGAAUACCAUCACAGGAAUGAAUGGAAACCACCUUCCAAUUUGCAGCAGAACAAUCCUGCCAAGGUGCAUGGACAGAAUUGGAGACCUAGGGAGGAGGUUCUAGAAAGAGCAGCAGCUGGAAGACUACAAGGAAAAUAUGACCAUUAUUACGCCAGGCUGAACAACAUACAACCCUAUCAGCCCCACUAUGCUCCGCAGAUGAACCAAAGAGUCAAUUCCCCCAAUCAGUGGAAUGAUUAUUUACAAAGAAAACAGGAGGCAGAGCGGAUAAAGUUACAGGUUGAAAAGCAGCUGGGGCUGCGUCCAUCCUCUGCCGAUUACUACGGAAAACAAAGGGCAGAAGUAUGGGUUGAUCCGGCAAUGAACAAACAGAAACAGUAUGUCAGAAAUAAUGAGGAUCAUCUUAAGCAACUUGAAGUCAUCCGUCAGCAAUAUCACAAUGACGUCAGGGAAAUAAGAGUUAAAGUUGGAGCAAACCUGGCGGCUCCUAAAGCAACAGAUGGAACAUACCUUGUAAAACCAGGAAAUAAUGGAGGCCCAUCUCCCAAAGACCAGACUGAUGGUACAGAACCCACUGAGGAGAUGCAACAACAACAAAUAAAUAAAAUCAUAAAGCAAAACAGACAAGAAAGAAAAGCAUUGGAAGAAAAGUAUAAAGUAAAGGGUGGAAUUAAAUUUGAAAUAAAUGACAAAAUCACAGAAGAGGAUCCGAUAGAUGGCCUUGCUGCAGAGGACUAUAACAGAGAAGAUGAAGAGGUUACUGAUCCUCUCAACGAUACAUUAACCUUUGAUCAUGGAAGCAAGCUAGAGGGUAACAACUGGCACAAGUUACAUGAGGAUCAAGGACAGCUAGAUGAUGGGAAUCUGGCCCAGAAGCCAGCAGGCGGCAGAAAGCAGUGGACACCUAGAGAGCCUCAGACACUUCUUGGUAAUCUGAUGGCUGCCGACAUCACAUCGGUGUAUAAUACUGUUGCCGCCACAGCCCAUGAUGAUGAAAAUGAUACAGCAGGAAACAGGAAGCAGUGGGGACGUGAUACACCUGGAACGCUGAUGAGGGUCUUGGGAGAGGCAGACAUGGAUGACUCCAUUAUCCCUGCAGAGGAUUACCAUGAUGGAAAACGCCAAGAAUGGCCUUCAGAGCAGAAGGUAUUGGAGGAGGCGGAUGAAGAUUUGGAUGAAGAGCGGUUUGAACCAAGAUCUGAUGACGAGGACACCACUUUUGAAGAGUCAGAUGAUGAGCUAGAAGUCCUGGAGAUGAUGGAGAAGGUUCUAACUUUCAGAGAUGACGAAUCUGAUGUGAAUGAAGAUAAAACUAAGAAACUGAUCAUUAAUGAAGAUUCUCUUGUGGAAAGCUCUGGUGAAAAUGUGAAGAAUUCAAAUAAAAUAGAAGCCGCCAGGGCAGACCCAUCAAAUGUGGAGGAAUCAAUAGUUAAAGGGAAUCUGCAGGGCCAGCCAACAGUAGAGAAGAUGGCUUCAGAAAAUAAUCAGGGCUCAGCUGUCCCAGACCAGUAUACAGAGGGGAAGAAACCGGACGAGGUGGCAUCUCAGCCCUGUGCUGACAAUGUCUCUAAUGUAUUGAAUCCUGAGUGUAAAAACAAUGCCAGUCUCCCAUUUGUUCUGUAGAUUAAAUACAGCAAUGGGCAGUUAUUACAAUGUUACUUCUGUACAAUGAAGACGUGCUUCAUAGCUGUAUACAACAAUAGUGAAAGAGAAACAUGACAAACAUAAGGUAUUUGAAUUUUUAUUAUUUUUGUUCGAACAACCACAUACAUGACUAGAUAAGCCAUAUAGUAAAGUAUACCAGUGGCAUACACACAGCAGAAGCAUCCAUUUUGUUUUAUGGCCUACUGUGUAUGGCUCAUGCUUUAGGGAUGAUACUGCUCCCCAAUAAAUAUAUAGACUGCCUCCACUAGGCCAGAUGGAAUAUGAGGGUGUUCCUAGCAAAGUAGAGUAGACACACACGUUUUGCAACAUGAUAAAUGGGGGGUGGGGUUUGCAUUUGGAUGGUUGUUAAUUGAUGUGCAAAUGGUCAUACCCCCUUUUUGUCUCCAUAUGACCUAUUCUAUUCAGGUUUAAGCUUCAUGGGGGAGUCGCAUCAGACCUAGAGUGGAAAUUCUACCUAUCAUUUUAUAGAAUGCACUUGAUAAAUGCUAGCUAGAAUCUGAUUGGAUGCUAUGGCCAACGUUUUCCCACUUUAGAAGGUUUAAUAUAUUUUCCCCCAUAUCUCAGUAGUGAGGUUAAUGGUUCCAAUUGAAUUGAUAGGCUGUAUUCAUGACUGUAUUUAGUCCAGAAAAGGGUUGCCUCCUCUCAGUGUCGGUGACAUAGGUGUUUGCCGUCCACAUCCUACGGAAACUUAUAUGUGUUUUCUGAAUGUGCAAUACAAUUAGGAAGAGCUCCAGGUAAUAUUCCUGAGAGGAAGGUUCUAUGUAUUACACAGUAGUAGAGUUUGUAUAUUCUUCCCGUGCUUUUGAGGGUUGUCUCCCACAAUCCAAAAAUUAUAUUGAUAGGUUAUUUGGCUCCCAUCAAAUUAAAAUUACCCCUAGUGUGAAAGUGUAUGUACAUGUGUUUAGGGCAGACUAGAUGGGCCGAGUGGUUCUUAUCUGCCAUCAAAUUCUAUGUUUAUGAGACUUGCUGGAUCGGGUCUGAGUAAAGAUGAUAACUAUUACACUGCUGUAAAUUACAAUAAUUACUUUAACAACAUUGCUAGAUAAAAACGGUUGAGAAAAAACAUUGAUAUUUUAAAUACCGAUAUAUCAAAUUGUAAUGUAAAGUUGAUUUAUUAGAUGUAAAACUGUACUUUUGUUUUUUGUAACAUGUUCAAAUAACAUUUUGUGCCUUUAAAAAAAAUAUAUGUUGUCAUGGUGGUAAUGCUGCACUACAGCCACAACCCUCUCCUAGUGCCCUGAAAGAUCUGCCUGUAUCAGCAUUGUUGGUUAUUUGAGAGAAGGAUAAAAAAAAAAAAAAAAAAAAAAAAAAAAAAUGCUAUCUGCUCCCUUAUAUUACCUCUGAUAUCACGGUGGAGGAAGUACAUUAAGCUAUACAAAGCUUAAAAAUCACCCUCGGGUCACGACGGUCUAACUCCUCAACAUAAAAAAUAAAAUAAAAAGAUUCCUGCAUUUUGGAGCCAGUUCUUGUUGAUUUUUUUUUUGUAAAUAACAUUUUAUAGGGGGCUUCCUUUGACUAUGCCACAACCAUGGCCAAUAUUGUUGUUAUUCUCAAACCAGAUAAAGAUCACUCUUCUUGGGCAAAUUAUAGAUCAGUGGAAGUGUUGACUUAAAGAUAUAUGCUAACAAUUUUGCUAGUAAAUUAAACCCACUCCUCCCAUUGUGGACCCAACCUGAUCAAAGUGGUUUUAUCUUUUGUCAGCACACACCAGAUAUUAAACACCAGGCUAUUUAGUUAUCCCAACCUAUAUACAAUAUUGUCCUUUCUCUUUAUCUUAUGGCCUUUUAUGGUUAGAGUAUUACCAUCGAUGGGCUUUGAUAGAAAGUUUCUUGCGGUAUUUUAGCUUUAUAUUAACAAAGCUAUUGACCAAUGGAAUAACAUCAGAUUCGUUCACUAUAGUCAAUGGCACUCAACAUAUUUGCCCCAUUUGCCUAUGAAAUGUGCUCUCCUUAUUGAGCACCUUGUGGUGAAAAUCAGACAAAAAUCCCAAUACUGACGCCGGAAUCUCGACUGCUGACAAUGCCGCCAGCCGGAAUCCCGGCUGACAGGGGCUAUUUCUACUCGUAGGUGUCCACGACACCCAUAGAGUGGGAAUAGAACCUGUGUUGAGCGCAGCGAGCCACUGAGCCCGCAGUAUGGCGAGCACAGCAAGCCUGCAAGGGGACUCUCUGCACUCUCCCCGAUGCCGGCCAGGAUGCCGUUGUCUGUAUACUGACGGCCGGCAUCCCUAUCAUUGGUGAUACAUACUGAUCCCCUCCCUACAUGUUAAACAGCCCUUCUAGUCAUGCCAUGUCUUGGUAGCGCCAAGCAUCUUUACGUGAGACCCCACGGCACUGAAUUUACUGUUCCCAGGAGUAUGGUUUCGGCCCUGACUGCAUCGUUUCCAUUCACAUGGCACCCCUCCCAUAUAAAGUAUUUGGGUAGAUUAAUUCCCUCAUGUCUUCACACAACAGUUACCAUCAAUCACACACCUCGUCUAUGGAAGUUGCAAGAAGAGAUGGCACAAUGGUUCAAACAGAAGUUCUCUUGGCUAGGAUGUAUAAAUCUAGUAAAAAUUAAUAUACUUCCCAGAUUACUAAAUCUGUACCAGAUAAUUCCUUUAAAACUCCCACCCAGUUUUCGUUCACAAACUCAAAGCAUUAAUCCCUUUGUAUGGUGUGGUUGGAAGUCUAGAUUCAAGCACUGUAACUCAUUUUGGCGAAAACCCCAAGGGGGCCAACAAUUACCUAUGCUCACUGCAUAUUACCAGGCUUCAGUCUUGCAUAGCUUCCUAGACUGGUCCCGACCGGGUUUAAGGAGGAAACAAUGAGUAGAUGUAGAGGCUCUCUCUACAAGCCUAAACUCUAGCGCUUUGGGAGACAUUACGUCUUAAACGUGGAAUUUUCUUUAGAAAUAUCCCCACUUAUGCCCAUCCUUGACAAUCCAAUUUUCCCCCCGGGCACUUCGGAAGGAAGAGCCUCUAAGUGGAAGAGGGCAGUUAUAACCAUAUGAUCAUAAAUGGAACGCUUAAAUCCUACUCAGAAAUCUGCAAAAAUGCCGAUAUCUUAGCAAAAAAUUAUUGGUUUAAUCUCCAGUUAUGCCACUUUGUCCCUUCUCAAGGAGGGGUAACUAGAUUUGUUAGAGAUCUCACACCUUUCGAAAAUAUGUUUCCAACCCGCAGAUCCUAUACAUAUAAUAUCUGGCAUCUAUAAAAUUCUGAUACAUCAGAAUCAGCGUUUAUUGGCCAGGUACACUUGCGUAUACUAGGAAUUUGUUUUUGGUUUACAGUGCAGCAGACGGGGGGGGGGAAUAUUUGCAGUAUACAGAAUAAGUAAAAGUACACAGUGUUCGUUCCAAUCAGAAGAUCGAAGUAGAACAACUGGACAGUCAACCCUGAGAUUUGUCAGGAGUUCAGCAGGUGGACUGCUUGAGGGAAGAAGAUUUUGAGGCUUCUGGUGGGAUGGCCCUGUAUCUUUUCCCAGAUGGCAGCGGGUUAAGGUCGCCAUAGCCCCGGGUGAGGCGGAUCAUUGACUAUCCUGGUCGCCCGUUUUUUGGCUCUGGACCGGUACAGGUCAUGGACAGGCGGGAGGUGAACUCUGAUGAUCUUCUCAUCAGACCUUACCACUCUUUGGAGUCUGCAUUCGUCUCUCUCGCUGGUCAAUACCCUAAUAAUCCCUCCUUUUGUGACGCUUGGGAUAGUGGCUUUGGCCCUCAUUCCGAGUUGUUCGCUCUGUAAUUUUCUUCAUAUCGCAGCGAUUUUCCGCUAAUUGCGCAUGCGCAAUGUUCGCACUGCGGCUGCGCCAAGUAAAUUUGCUAAGAAGUUUGGUAUUUUACUCACGGCAUUACGAGGUUUUUUCUUCGUUCUGGUGAUCGGAGUGUGAUUGACAGGAAGUGGGUGUUUCUGGGCGGAAACUGGCCAUUUUAUGGGUGUGUGUGAAAAAACGCUGCCAUUUCUGGGAAAAACGCGGGAGUGGCUGGAGAAACGGGGGAGUGUCUGGGCGAACGCUGGGUGUGUUUGUGAUGUCAAACCAGGAACGACAAGCACUGAACUGAUCGCACUGGAAGAGUAAGUCUCGAGCUACUCAGAAACUGCACAGAUAAAUCUUUUCGCAAUAUUGCGAAUACUUCGUUCGCAAUUCUGCUAAGAUACACUCCCAGAGGGCGGCGGCUUAGCGUGUGUAAUGCUGCGAAAAGCGGCUAGCGAGCGAACAACUCGCAAUGAGGGCCUUUAUACAUUGGGGAAUUCGUGUUAACUGGGAAAAGCACUGUCAAGUUACUGCACAAUGCUCCACGAACCUUGAGGGUAUUGAAAUUCAAUAUAAAAGUUACUGACAAGGUGGUACAGAUGCCCUACUCUCUUUUGCAAUUUUUUCCCUUCUGUGUCUCUCCUGUGUUGGCGAUGUGGUAAAGAUAAAGGUACCCUAAUUCACAUUUGGUGGAACUGUCCCCUAAUUAUCCCUUUAUGGACUAAAGUUAUUGAGAGAUCAACUAAAACUGUGGCAUAUCUGGUUCACACACUAACAUCCAUAUAGCUAGUUACAAAAAGUCCCUUCUUAAACAUUUAAACAAUGCCCCAAGAGCAGCUGUUUCGAUGCAUUUGGCACUCUGUAUAAGCAAUAAGGAUUUGGGAAUGGUGCCAAUGAAUAGAUUUCUACAUGAACAUGGAAGAAUUUUUUUACACAGCCUUAGAGAAACAAGUGUGGCCACUUUGUUUAGCUGGAUGGUAUGUAAGACCACUCCGACCUACGUUGCACUGGUACCCCCAAAGCAAACACGGUAACAUAUGUAUUCGACACUCAUUUCAUUGGGAUGCGGUCAACAUCCCGCUGGACGGGAUC